UAGAAUACGACCCUUGAUGUAAGACCGCUACCCACUACGAAGUAUUUUACGGUGAAGAAGACCGUGCGUCUUUGCGUUUGUCGAGGUACAUAAGCUUUUGCUUAAAAACGAAAUCAAUAAUUAUUUUCGGCUCAUUUCUAAGGUUAUACACCACGAUUCGCCGGUGUCUGAUCAAGGAAUACACCACGAAAUCCCCGAAUUGGGGUUGGAUAGUCGCGCUACCCUUACACAAAUUCAAGAAAAGCUUCUGUUAAAAUAUGAAAAAGUUCCUGUGCCAAUCCAAUCAGUGGGUUCUGUUAACAAUAUAUCGAACAGCUUCUUACAAAUUGGCCAUGAAUCAACUCUGCAAACACCUCCAUGUCAAAACUACAAAUUAGGUUCUCAUUCGAGUGAUGUCUGUCUACACAGCGAGAGGGCUGUCUCUUUCUACUGACCCGAGAGAUAGGGAGUUCCGGAGAGAAGGGCUCCCCGUGGAGAGGAAAGGCGGACUUCGUGCUAAGUUCGCCGUUGGAUUGGGUAUUGGCAGAGACUUCUUCUUUGAAGUCCCGGAAACCAUCAGCGAUGCCAGGGAGCAGGGAUGGAUAAGGGAAGAACGUCCAGCAAACCAACAUCUACCCACCCUACAGCUCUACUGUGCUAAUCCUACGGUGCUCUGCGUGCUCUAUGAACCUGACACUGAGAACGCAGCUGGCCUUCAAAUCGGUGUAAAUAGAGACAGAUUCACUGGAGCUCCAUUCGAUUUCGCCGUUCAAGGGUGGACUGAGUGGAUUUCAUCGAGCGGUGUCGCCUACUGGACUAUUGCGGAAUACUUUGUUGAUGAAGCGUACUUGGAAAUCGAUGCUCAAGAGCGUAUUGCAAACCGUAACAGCAACUCAAUACUACAACUCGACGGUAUCUGGGUGACUGGCUUCAACAAGGAAAUCUACAAGAUCCCUGGCAGCUCUUCUGAUAUAGAAGCAGCCGGCUUUACAAAGCAACUCUGCAUGCCCUGGAUGGGACAACACUACUACUACAACAUAACCAAGGAAUCAGAGUGCUCUGCCGAAUCCAUCUUCCCGUGGUUCCCUUUGUAUGAUCAUGGACGACUGAUCGGCAUGGGUAUGAACGUAUUUGGACACUUGGAAAGAAUCGACGGCGAGAGAGACUGGUUUGAAGCACCAGGCAGGAGAGGAGUUGAGGUGAUUGUAAACAAUGGCCCACAAUGCCUGUACGACCUGGCUGAGAGCGCCGACAUCCUCACCAUGCAUACCUACUUUGUCGCGAAACCGCAGCUAGUCUUAUGUAUUUAAAACGUAAAAUCUUUCCUGAUUGUUUUGCAUCCAGUCUCAUAGCACUUCAAAUGUACUAACACAAAUCAGUUUAGCACAAAAAUUUUAUCAAAACAUAGUAGGUAGAUUAAAUACAAAGAAAAAACCAAAAUAAUAAUAAAAUAUUUAUUGCAAUCAACUUACACCAAUUGGGGCUUUAUUUGAACGCUUCUUAACCUUUUGCUGACGCCGUUUAAGGUGCCUCUGAAUGCGGCCAGUACCUUUCUUCUUUAAUUCCUCAUACUGUUUCACAAGGGCCUCCACUCGACUUUCAGCUGUAAAUAGAUUGUUCUUUUAACAUAAUGUUUCUGAUUAUUAAAAAAAUGUGACGGCAAUAACCCAAAAUACUUCAUGGCUUGGUAAAAAUGUGUAAAACUAACAUUUAUUUUUGAAAUGUGGAUGCUUUCCUGUUUGAAAG